GAAAAAUAUCGAUUCCGUUCCAUCACUACUAAAUCGACGGUCACUUCGUUUUUCGCGUCUCGAGAGCCGCUGAGUGCAAACUUUGCAAAAAAUUUAACAUAUAUUGUAUACUUCGCACCGCUCCACAUAAAUUGUACCACUGCUUGACAAGGAUCAACUGCGAAAAUGGAUCUCAGCGGUCCACAAAUUCUGAGCAACAUACUUCAGCCAGAGGAGUUGAAACUCGUGCCUGAAGACAUCGGGAAGAAAUUGUCGGCGUACAUUAACAAUUUUUCAGAUGAGUACUGCAAGAACCGAGCGGCCGCCAAUCGGUUGGCCGAAACUGAGCAAAAAAACGAAGAGCUGGAGAACAAAAUGGAGGACUAUCUAGCCAAAUUUAACAAUUUUGAGUUAAAUGUAACCGAGCUGCGCACCCAGCUAGAUCAGGUAUCCUCGGAACGAGUUCACCUCGUGGACACGAUCGCUAGCUACGAGCAGAAUGUAACUCAGUUGCGCAAGGAGAAGGUCUCAGCAGUUGAGGAACGAGAUUCGCUGAUGAAGGUAAUCGAGCGCCAACAGGCGGAGCUGGAGCGCUUGAAGCAGGAUCUGCACACCUACCAGCAGCAGCUAAGCAACGCGAUUUCCGCCAAAUGCGAAGCCAUUGCUCGCGUGGACGAGAUUCAGAGCAAGGAAGUGGCUCUGGAGCUCAAGGAGAGCCGCAUGGAGAGCGAGCGCGAUAUGCUGCACAAGGAGAUUUCGUUAAUCAGCGGAGAUCUCAGCAGAACCAACGCCGAGUUGCAGAACAUCCGGCGGGAGCACUCACUAAACACCAUGCAGCUAGAGUCACGCCUUAAUGAAAAGACCGAUUCCCUACAUCUGAUGCAGGAGCAGUAUGAACAGGCCGUCAAGACCAUCGAGGAAUUAUACCGUAAGGUUGAAUCCCAAAACGACGUCACCUACAAGCAGAACCAGGCCACGGAAGAGUAUGUGCAGAUACUGAAAAAAGAGCUUGAUGCCAAGGAGAAGCUGAUUGAAAUCUUCAAGAGCACCGAAUCGGAUCAUAUGGUCCAGCAGGAGGAACUCUUGCAAGGCAUCUCGGAAAUGAAGCGUAUACUAGAGGAGGCUGAGAAGCAGUGUGCCCAGUUGGAGGAGCAAAUGGAAACCCUGAAGCAGAAGCACACAGCUGAGUUGGAGGAGCAAAAUCAGAAGAUUCAGAAUAUGCAACGGGAGCUAGCCAGUGCCAACGACUUGCUGAAAGAGGCCCAAGCAAGUAAUUUAGAAAGCGCCAUAUGUAAGUUGGCCCCCAGUGCGGCCGUGGCCAGUCGCCUUAUGCGCUGCGAUCUGUCGCUUACAGAACUUUACUCCAUGUACGCCAAAAACAGCGAAGAACUGGAGAUGCGCAACCGUGAAAUUGAGCAGUUGAAGCUGCAGGUCAAGGCGAUCCUUGCUGAGAUCUCAGAGACUGCCCCGAUUUUGGAAAAACAGAACUCCGAUUACCAUAAAAUAAAGGAGACCAACAGUGAGCUCUUGCGGCAGCAUGAAGAAUUAUUAGAACAGAAGAUCAACAUUGAGCACGAAUUGGACAGGACCAUAACCACCCUUAGUCACACCCAAAAGGAGAAUAAGAAACUGAAACAGACGCACAGCGAUCUCAGCCGACAGGUGUGCAUGCUGCUGGACGAAUUAAACUGCAUUAGGGCUGGAGUGAAUCCAGUACGUAACCAACCAACUCGUCAGGCAACCACCAGCGAAAGUGUAAUCAACGAUAACUUGGUAACUUUCAGUUCUAUUGAAGAGUUGGUGGAAAGAAAUUCAUACCUCCUCAAAAUGUCCAGGGACCUCGCAGAAAUGUUAGAGGCUAGCGAACAGAACCAAGACAAGUUCUUGCUGGAGCAGUCUGAGAAGAAGAUAACUAAGCUCAAUGCGCGUUUUGUGGAAAUGGAAGAACUAUUAACGCAAAAGAACAAUACGGUUACUACAUUGCUAUCCAAGUGCGAACGCUACAAGAAGUUCUACUUCGCGGCUCAAGAGAAGCUUGGUCAGAAGACUGUGGAUCUGGACGACUCCAAUCUGGAGCUUAACGACUCUGUACUUGAAACUUCAACGCAGUCGGCAGCCAAGGUUGAGGAGAACAGCAAACUGGAAAAGAGGCUGCAACAGCUGGAGCAGCAGUUAGAAGAGGAGGUCAAGAAGUACGCAUCCCUGAAAGAGAACUACGACUAUUACACUAGCGAAAAGCGUAAAAACGACGCACUGGCCCAAGAACAGUUCGACUCUAUGCGUAAGGAAGUGCGGGAGUUAACCAGCUGCAACUGCAAGCUGAUGAACGCCACUGAGUUCCAGAAAGAGCAAAUCGAACUACUUCACAAAAAUAUAGGCACCUACAAGCAGCAGGUGGCUACAUUGGAAGAGCGUACCAAGAACUACGAGAAGACCAUUAUUAAACACGAGCAAACCGUACAUUUGCUCAAGGAUGAAGUUAUGGCCGCCCACCGUAAGCACGCAGAGGCCGAUUCAGAGGCUCACAGCCUACGUCAAGAGAACCGCAUUCUCAGGGACACUUCUGCUCGACUGCAGAUCGAGAAGGAGACUUAUCACCGGGAGCAACAGAGUCAGUCACUGCUUCUAAACAGUUUGGAAUUCAUCAAGACGAACCUUGAGCGAUCUGAGAUGGAGGGCCGUCAGCGUUUAGAGCAGCGCUUAGAUGACACUGUGCGGGAAAUGGCUGCUCAGCGUCGUCACUUCCAGGAGGAGGAGGAGAAGUUCCGGGAAUCAAUUAACGAGUUUAAGCGGCAGGCGGAGACGGCCAUCAAGUUAAAAGAUGAAGAGAAGCAACAGGCAGAGAAGUGGCAAGCGGAGCUAAUCAGUGUCCGCGAAGAACUUGCUCAGAAGGUCAACCAAGUCAAUGAAUUAAGCAAAAAACUUCAGGAAAGCCUGACACCCUCACUAAAUGAGAAUCCCAUCACUGCAGCAAAUAAACGAGCCCGGGAGUUCGAGCUUAAGCUCGACCAGGCCACGGUGGAGAUCGAGUCACUCACUAAGGAGCUGGCAAAGGCUCGUGAGCAUGGUGAGCAGUUCUACAAGAUGUCGCAAAGUUCCGAAAGUGAGAUUAAGCGUCUGCACGAUCUUCACGCCGAGUUGGUGGCCAAGCAGGAGGAGGAAAUAAAGAAGCUUCAAAGUUCAGAGGCUGAACUAAAGACCCGUAUAAGCGAUUUGGAAGCGGAGGCCAUGUUGUCCAAUGUUACCGAGCAGAGCAAGACUGUCAACCAGUCGGGUCAGUUGAAGUCAGCCCAGGAGGAACUAAAGAGCUUGCUGGAGAAGCUUACGGAAGCUAAUAGCAACAUUCGAACGCUGCGUACCGAAAACACCAACCUAGCUGAAUCUCUUAGUGCUGUGGAGGUGAAGUAUGCUAACGGAAUGGUACAACAUUCUGCGGAUAUUCAGGAGCUAACCCGUUACAAGGCCGAAUUCUUCAAAGCCAACGACGAACUCAGCCAAUUAAAGUCCGGUCGGGAAUCAUUGCAAGCCGCUUACGAUGAACUUCUGCGUUCGAAUGCCGAGGCUCAAAAGCUGCUGGAUAAGGAGAGGGAGGAGUCAGAUAAGCGAGUGGCUGAUUUGCAUGCAUUGAACGCCCAUUUGCAUGAUCAAAUCGAAGCACUGGCUUCGAAGCUGGCUGUUCUGGCCAGCCAUAGCCAAAACCCGAACUCUUCCUUGAAUGACUCUGCAAUGGAUGCAGAUCAGAGCCUGAAUGCUUCUGGACUUGCCGCUGGCGAAGAGGGAAGGAACAACGAACAGCUACUAAAGAUCAUAAAGUUUUUGCGCAAGGAGAAGGAUCUGUUCGCUGCCAAGCUGGACAUUCUCAAGGCGGAAAAUGCUCGUCUGAUUUCGGAGCACGCCAUUCAACAAAAGAAGGUUGACGAACUGAACGGCUAUCUAAACCAAGAGCGCGCAAAGAGCCAGACAGACGUGGUGUCGGCCAACAAACACGAGGAGGUGCUACGCAAGAUUGAAACUCUGAAUGCCAUCACCGACAGCAACCGCAUUUUGCGAGAGGAGCGUAAUGCUUUAACUCUUCGCGUCGCCGAGCUCACCGAUCGUAUCAGCAGCGUGGAAAAGGAACUGUUCCCGCUGCAGUGCAGCAACAAGGAACUGACAUCUAAGAUCGAGGAGAUUAAUGUGGAGAACACCUCGCUCCGCACCGAGGCAAUCAAGUGGCGACAGCGUGCCAAUGCACUGGUGGAGAAGAGCAAUCGCAACCCUGAGGAGUUCAAGCGUCUUCAGGCUGAGCGCGAGCACCUGGCUAAGUUACUAACCACCGAGAAAGAGAUAAACAAGAAGCAAUCGGAUGAGCUGGCUGUGCUGAAGCAGCGUAUGGAUACAGAGAUCCCAACGCUAAACAAACACGUCCAACUUCUCGACGAGGCGCGCAAGAAGCAAGUUGACGAAUUCACUAAUCUCAAGCAAAAUAACACGCGCCAGACGCAGGAUAUCAUGGAAUUGAAGAAUCGACUACUGCAGAAGGAAGAAGAGCUGUUAAAGGCCAACGAGGAGUUGGAGACGAAGGACAAGACCAUAGCGGAUAAGGACACCAAGGAACUGCAGCUUCGUAAACUUGCCAAACGCUACAAGGACUUCUAUAUGGGUCUUCAAGCUCAAGGCGGUGGAGCCGAGUCCGUAGCGGAACUUGAGAAGGUUCGCAGCGAGCUGGAGGAGGUUAAUAAUCAACUACGGGCGCUGAAAGAUGAGCACGAAAAGAUUACCAAAGAGUGUGAUGAGCUGAAGAAGCGCACAGAACCAGAGACGGAUGCCAAUGCCGUUCGACAGGAUUAUAAGGCCAAGUUGGACAAACUAGUAGUGGACCUUACCGUGGCUCGUACUGAAUUAGCCAACCAGGAGACUACUUUUGCCGGCACCAAAUCCUCAUACGACGAGACAAUUGGCCGUUUAGAGAAAGAGCUGCAGGAGAACAUAGCCGCCAAUAAGGACAUUAACCAGCGGCUCACCCGUGAGAACGAAUCGCUUCACAUGCGAAUUAACCAGCUUACCCGUCAGCUGGGAUCUCAGCAGUCAACCAAGCCCUCGACCAGCUCGGUUGCCGAGAAGGGCAAUAUCUCGGAGAGCUCUCCACGCACUGCCAACGUGAAGCCAAUGUCUGGUUCGGCGACGGUGCAACAAUCGGCCACCGUUACCCCCUGGCGUGGAGGGGAGACUCCUUUGGCCAGCAUACGACCCAUUUCGGUGCAAAACAGCCGCACGGCCGCCAUUCUGCCCACGAGUCAACAGCCCCCGGCAGGAUCCAGUACGUCCAGCUCCUCAUCAUCCUCGUCUUCAUCCACUUCCACAACAUCCGCUGCUGCUAGCGGCGGCAGCUCGGCAGUAGCCCAAACCGCUUUGGUUCCACCACAGCAACAGGUUCACACCACUGGAAGUGCUGCCCUGGAGUCGAUGGCCUCCUCCUCACCCACGUCCUCACAUACCGAUUACAUGCCGUCCACUAGCUCUGCAUCUGUUGCCGUCGCUGCUAUUCCACCGAUGGGUGCCUCAUCUGCUGCCGAAAGUUCCCAGGAGGCGGAAAGUAUCCAGCACCCGCAGCAGAACGAUUCGCAGUUGUUUGUAGGAGGAGCCCAACAGCAAGUUGUUGCCCUUGUGUCGCCGCGCGUGGAAGGGUCAUCUUCUUCAUCCAGUUCUACGUCUGUUCCGACUGCCACUGCGCCCAAUGUCCAGGAUGGCGGAAGUCAGAGCCAGCAACCCAGCACUUCUGGCAGCAGUAGCAGCUCUUCCACAGUGGUGAGUAGCCAUAGCAGGCACACCCCAUCCAGCAGCAAUGUGACAACCACCCAGGCUGGCUGCUCAUCUCAAGGUAUUAAGCGACCGCGCGACAUUGAGGGUGACUCCUCCACCACCAACGAGGAGGGUGGUCCCGACAAAAUGUCAAAAAUGACUAAGAGACUUCGCGGCCCCAUGCACAGCGGAGAGCUGUCCGCCGGCCACAUUGGUGAUUCCGGAAUGGAUGUCGAUCAAAUGCCAACCUCCUCGCAACGCGAUCAGGAGGAUGACAUUCAAGUGGUUGACUCAGACGACGAAGAGGAUGUUCUGGCCGAUGCCGACGAUGGUCCCAUUGACGGAGGCGAAGCCGAACAGGAGGGUUACGAGGAUUCGUAUGAGCAGGACAACGAGAUGGAUGACAACGAAGGUGGUGACGAUGACAACGAUAUGGCUGUGGAUGCCCAAGACAACAACGAGGUUGACAUUGAAGAAGUGCCGGAGCAGCACAUGCAGACUCAGGAAGAGAGUCAAUCGCUAGACAACCAGGCAAUCGCAACCGCAUCCGCUUCCACUCAGGAGAACAACCAGAGUCAGGCCAUCACCAGUGGCAGUGGAGAGUCCUCGAACCCGGUGAGUCUGCCGCAAGCUGAGGCCUCCAACUGGAAGCAGGCAGCCGCCUCAACAUCCACAGCAGCCGCCCGACGCAGCGAAAGCUCAGUGGAGAUCGUGAGUUCACCUCAAGUCUCGAAUUUUAGUGAGCAGCCUGCCCGCUUGGAGACCGCUGAAGUCGAUGGCACUGCCGAGGUGGCCGAUGGUGCGGCCCAUGAAAGCGCUGGACCCAGCGAUACGGGAGCUGCCACAGCCAGUUCUCCACAAAAACAGAGCGAGGCAGGGGAGAGCAGCGGAAGCGACGCCCUCAAAGCGGCUGACGAGGGUGAUCAUGCUGGAGGAGCAGAAAACGUCAGCGAAGCGGAUGAAGCAUUCGCCGAGGAGACAAUGGCUACUGGCCAAGGAGAAGACUCUCAGCCACUAGGAAAUGAUAAUCCAAAUGUGGGCACUAGCCAAUCUGAGGUGUCCCACAACCAAGCCAAUCUUGCCGAGGCCAACCCCACUGAGGACAACGAGGGAGCCGACGGCGUCUCAUCCGAGGGGGAGAAGCAGGCGGUGGGUGUUGAGGAGGAGGGUCGGGAGGCGGAGGCCACUUCGCCGUCGGAGAAUACGCGAUUUCGCACGCUGCGUAGUGCGGUGCCCACGCGACGAGGACAUCGCGCCAUGAGGGGAGGCAGCCCCAACAACCAAAACCGGCCGCAGCGGAUCGUCUGGCAGCGGGACACGUCGCCAGGAAACAUGCAGCAAAACCAGAUGGCGGCCAACAAUAAUCGUUUUGCGCAACGGGCUCGCAGCCGGCGUCCUAUUCGUCGUCCUUCCCCGAACAACUUCAACAGCGGAGGACGAUUCCCCUAGGGCGAGGAGUUCGAGGGACCCCCAGACGAAAGUCCGCUGUAGGCUGACUAUAAUCAUGGCGUUAACUGGGCUAGAAAUAAGUCUCCUCGCAUUUAAUAACGAUUAGUCUAAGUCCACAACUAAGCCACAACCAGUUUAUUACUGAACAUUCUACAGCUUGCGAGUACUGAUUUUCUGCAGUUGCCAAGACGCUUCUUGUACAUUAACUACUAAUAAAUAUUAAUAAACUAUGUGUGUAAUUUGGUCAAUAUUUGAUGGUCCUAUCUGGUCAAGCACUACAAACUGGUGUUUUCCCAGCACUCUGGACUCAGUGGCUUACUGAGACGGAACUACAAAGUGGUUUACUCCUUGCAUAAGUUGUGGCUCAGUUUAGUAAUGUUAAGAAAUAAUGUCCCCGCUUCAAACAAUAUUUUUGUCUUUAAAGUAAUUUAAAGAUGUUCCACUUCUGAUAUUCAAAUAUAUGUAAAAGAUAAUUAUUUAUAUUACUGUACUCAGCUAUUCGAUAAUUAAAUUCGAUAAUGUAGGAUUUGAAAUG